CACGGCGGGACCCCUUUGUUYUGCGGGGUCGGGUUUUGUUCUUCCUCCCUCCUUCCUCCUGCUUCAGAGAAAAGUUUCUGCUUCUCCCGGGCGCGCUUCUCCCCGUGCUCCGCUCUAGUACCGGGGUUCAGCAACUUCCUCCCGUAGUUCUAGAUUUUAAAGUUCAGYUUUCCAGCGUGCUCAUGUGAAGCGCUGGAGAGUUUUCUUCAAUAUUAGCGCUUCRAAAGUUUUUGAUUCUUUGCGGCCACUUCCUCUCUCCCCGUGCAAUUUUUAUGACUUCUGAUAUUGUGACUUUGUUCUCUUUGUAAAGAGCAGUAUACUCGUGAAACCAGUUUCACUUUCAGGUUGUUGCUGGAAAUGUUUGGAAAUUUCUGCCCGGUGUGGCUUUAAAAAUUAAAAGUCCUGCUAUAAAGCAUAUGCUGAUUWUGGUAAAAAUUUCUUUGUGUGAAAAAGCAAUUUAUUUUAAAAUGUGGCUGGCAACCGUUGUGAUUUUUCGCAUUAAAACCCAUUUAAAGCUGAAAGCUGCAGGCCAGUCUCCUGUAUUUUAAAUKAAAAUUAUUUUGCACAUUUGAGAACCCUCAUUUACUUAUUUAUUGUAUUCAACAGUUUGAUUUUGACUUAAAAGGAAUGGAAUAAUGCUAUGAGAGUCUAAUCUGGAGCAUUUAAUGAGAACUAAAGCAAUAUAUGCCCUUUAAAAGGCAAUAAAACUUGGCAGGUCGAUUGUCUUUUCUUGUUCCUUCAGCCUAGGCAUCRUUUUGAGGAAGUGUGUAAUGUAGGUAUAGGRAAMUGUGYAGAGGGAUAUUCUCUCCCAGGAAUAGUUUAGGUGUUAUUCUUGAGAGCAUGUGGGCUUGUGCAUGUGCAGAAAGAUUGCAAACUGGAAGAAUUCUCUUCAUUGUUCCCCAAAGAGCAAAAUGCCUCUGGCAGCAGUGAUAACAUGCACAAAAGUUCCCUCCCAUUGGCUUUCAUUUCUCUUACCUUCUAAAAUUUGAUUUAAUUUUGCAAGGCUUUUGAUACCUUCUGCAAACCACUACUGCAUUCCUUCAUUUCUCAGAGUCUCCCCUCUUGUGUGAAACCCCCUGGGGAAGAGGCUAUGGACAAAACCAUUGGCAAACAGCAGAAACUGGCUUCAGACAAAAUGCUGUCAUACAUAGCAAAUGAAGAGACAGGAAAAAACAUUUCUGUAAUUUUCCAGCAGAGAUUUUACUUAUAAUAAGAGUGGAAGGCACAUUUCCAGAUAGAGACAGAACAUAGUUCCCGAGUGGAAAGGAAACGCCGAGACUCGUUCGGGAUGUUUGACGGUUAUGAUAGUUGUAGUGAGGACACCAGCAGCAGCUCCAGUUCAGAUGAGAGUGAGGAGGAGGUUGCUCCUUUGCCAUCCAGUCUMCCAAUUAUCAAGAACAAUGGGCAAGUUUAUACUUAUCCAGAUGGCAAAUCUGGCAUGGCUACAUGUGAGAUGUGUGGGAUGGUUGGUGUCCGGGACGCUUUUUACUCUAAAACCAAGCGCUUCUGCAGCGUGUCGUGCUCCAGAAGCUACUCCUCCAACUCCAAGAAGGCCAGCAUUCUGGCCAGGCUUCAGGUAGCGGGUAAACCUCCAACAAAGAAGGCUAAAGUUCUACAAAAACAGCCCUUAGUGGCUAAAUUAGCAGCAUAUGCCCAGUACCAAGCAACCUUACAAAACCAGGCAAAGACAAAAGCAGCAGCUGUCCCUGUGGAAGGUUUCAGCUGGGGUAACUACAUCAAUAGCAAUAGCUUUACAGCAGCUCCUGUUACCUGCUUUAAACACGCACCCAUGGGGACUUGCUGGGGUGAUAUUGCAGAAGGAGUGCGAGUGGAGGUUCCAAACACUGACUGCAGCCUACCUACCAAAGUCUUCUGGAUAGCUGGAAUUGUAAAAUUAGCAGGCUAUAAUGCACUGCUGAGAUAUGAAGGCUUUGAAAAUGAUUCAAGUCUUGACUUCUGGUGCAACAUUUGUGGGUCUGACAUCCACCCAGUUGGUUGGUGUGCAACCAGUGGGAAGCCCUUAGUUCCUCCUCGAACCAUCCAACACAAAUACACAAACUGGAAAGCUUUUCUAGUGAAACGACUUACUGGUGCCAAAACACUUCCUCCUGACUUUUCUCAGAAGGUGUCUGAGAGUAUGCAGUACCCAUUCAAAACUUCCAUGAGGGUAGAAGUGGUGGACAAGACACAUCUGUGCCGGACCAGGGUGGCCGUGGUGGAAAGUGUCAUCGGGGGCCGCCUGAGGUUGGUGUAUGAGGAGAGUGAGGACAAAACUGACGACUUCUGGUGCCAUAUGUACAGCCCACUCAUUCAUCAUAUUGGCUGGUCUCGAAGUAUAGGACACAGGUUCAAGAGAUCUGAUAUUACAAAGAAACAGGAUGGACAUUUUGAUGCACCCCCACAUUUAUUUAUGAAGGUAAAAGAGGUUGAUGCAGCUGGAGAGUGGUUUAAAGAAGGAAUGAAGUUGGAAGCUAUAGACCCCUUAAACCUUUCAGCAAUAUGUGUGGCAACUAUCAGAAAGGUGUUAGCAGAUGGCUAUCUUAUGAUUGGGAUUGAUGGCUCAGAAGCAGCAGAUGGGUCUGAUUGGUUUUGUUACCAUGCCACUUCCCCUUCUAUUUUCCCUGUUGGUUUCUGUGAAAUUAACAUGAUUGAACUAACUCCACCCAGAGGUACAGGUUAUGCAAAACUCCCUUUUAAAUGGUUUGACUACCUCAGGGAAACUGACUCAAUAGCAGCACCAGUAAAGCUCUUCAAUAAGGAAGUUCCAAACCAUGGGUUUCACGUUGGCAUGAAGCUGGAGGCCGUGGAUCUGAUGGAGCCCCGCCUGGUGUGCGUGGCCACGGUGACGCGCAUCAUCCACCGCCUGCUGAGGAUCCACUUCGAUGGCUGGGAGGACGAGUAUGACCAGUGGGUGGAUUGUGAAUCCCCAGACCUGUAUCCUGUGGGAUGGUGCCAGCUCACUGGGUACCAGCUCCAGCCUCCAGCACCGCAGUCAUCAAGAGAUAGCCAGUCAAGUUCAUCCAAACAGAAGAAAAAAGCUAAAUCGCAACAGUACAAAGGACAUAAGAAAAUGACUUCGUUGCAGCUGAAGGAGGAGUUGCUGGAYGGGGAGGAGUACAGCUUCCUGCAGGGAGCAUCUGACCAGGAGAGCAAUGGCUCUGCCAGCUACUACAUCAAACAGGAACCCUGAGGCAGCUCCACAGCGAGGGGCACAGAUUGGUGAUAGGAAAAGAACCUUUCUCCAAGACUGACUGAUUCUGUUCCCACUUGGAUGGUGCAGUUCGGGUGACUGUGCCUGGGGCACUUUGCUAACUGUAGAUGAAUUAGACUCAGUUCAGAAUUUUUUGGAAGGGCGGGGAAACUAUUUUAGUGAAAAAGAUUUUUCAAUUUAUUAAAAACAAAAAAAAAAUGGACACUUUUGUGUUGUAUUUGAAGCUUUUGAAAGAAUUUUGUAAUAUUUUCAAGUUCAGAUUUAUUGUGCAUUGUUAACAAGAACUGAAAUUCUAAUUUUUUGGUAAGAUUAAAGUUUAAUUAGCAUGGUUGUGGGAAGCAGUUGGAGGAAGAUAUAGUUGCAAAUACAAAUGAAUUGUCAUAACAAAUGAACCUUUUUGGUACAAGUUGGGAGACUUUUAGACUCUUGUGAACUGCACUGGUCACGCCUCUGUUUUUUUAAUUGUGAAAAUAAGGCUUUUAAGCCCUGAUGGAGAGGCACAAAUUGUAUGUGGAAAAUAGUCCUGUAAAGCUCUACUCAGUGAGUAGCCCCAAGUGCAGCGGAGCCAUCACCUGAGGAAGAUUUGAACUUUUCAAGGUGUUUUUAUUUAGUUUAAAAUACCUUUUUUUAUAUAAGGUUUUGGGUUUUUUUAAUGUUCCUUAGGGUCUGAUUCAGUGCCCAUUAAUAUCAGUAGCCUUGUCUCCGUCGACUGCAGUGGGCAUUGGAUGGGAUCUACGAAGCUCUUGUCUGUACAUGAAUGUCUGUAGUCUUGGAAUGCUUCAGCACAUGUUUACAGAGCCCUAUGCCAAACUGGAACUUCAGACAAUUCCCUCAUUGGAAGAUAGUUUUAGCUCUGAAUUUUGACUGAAGAAGCAGCUUAGMUGGACAGUCACUAAGGACUCCCUUGGUAGUGGGAAGGAACUUGUGAGUAUUCUUCUGAUUUUUUUUUCCAUUCAGAAAGCCCUAAAUGUUUACCAUCUUCAAUAUUUAUCUGUGACCAUUYAGACUGAUGUGCCACAUGGUUUCAGGUGAGAUGAAAGGAGCCCURUGCUGUGGAUUAAAAAUGAGCUGAGUCCUGCAAUAUUCAUGUCUUGCUGCAAUAGAGAAACAUGGUAGUUGAGACUUGAGAACAGCAUUAAAAUCACAUGUUUUUGGUAUGUCAUUCAGAAACUGGAUUUGUAURUUGCCUGGAAUUCUUGUCUCAUGUMAAGUAUMCCAYAAGUCACAUAAAAGGGUGAAAAUGAUGACCAGUUAAACGCAAAGUGGUUUUGCAGGACCUGUUAAUGAUUUGGAUUUUAUCCUUCCAUAUUUUUAACCUUUGUACAUUUUUGUAAAUGCAGUUGAUGAAUUGAGGUGGUUGAUCAGCCCUGCAGAGCUGUGACUGGAAAAAUGUGCAUCAAGAGCUUUAGCUUUUACCAGUAAGGUUCAUUAACUAAACUCUCAGGAAUUAUCUCAUAAGUUCUGUAAGUGCUUCUGGGUCUUCACAGGUCCCCUUCAGAGCAGUACAAUGAUCAUCUGACUCUUGACCAUAAAUUAGGGCUUCAAAAAAAAUCCAUCAAAAUUAUUAACAUCUGUAUUCCUACAGCCUAAGAAAUACUUUAAGGAUGUCAACYCACAGAGCCCCAGGAGACCAUUUUUGUAUAUUGUUGUUUGAGCUUAAAAAAAAAACAAAACUGCAUAGAAAGUUGAAAACCAGCAAUUUGAUUAUUUUCUAAAAUAUUGCUCUAACUUUGGGUACAYAGUGUUGGUGAUAUGCACAGGUUUACCUCAUUCUAUGCAAGAGGGGUUAAUUACGUAAAGUUUUGUAUUUACUACUGGAAGUAAAACGUGUCCUGUAUAGUGUAGGAAUGUCUGGAAUUCUCCCUUACUGGUAAAAUUUCUUAAAAAAUUACCCCUUUUUAAUAACAGCUUCUUCUAUUGACAGAAUCUAUUCAUCAGAUUACAACAGUCUGUAACUUCAGGUGGUAAAGACAUUUUAGCUCUCUAAAACAGCCAUAAAAAGGACUUUGUUGGACCUGGUAGACAUCAAAUACCUUAUCUCAGAUUGACCCACUCAUGAUGUUUAUUUUAAACAGCCUAGAUUGGAGAAGUAGGAUUAGAGACCAUUGUAGUGACACUUUGAGCCUUGAUUAUGUUAUUUUUUCUUGUGUUCUCAAUUUAAUCUGCUGUAAAAACCAGCUCUGCAAGCAUUGGUUUGGUUUGGUAAGUACAGCAUUGUUGAUUUAUUUAUUUUUUUUUUAAUGCAACAACUUGCAGGUUGUCCCAGCCAGCUGGAAUAAGGUUCUCUCACAAUCUUUGCUUUCUUCUCUCAUCAACAGCUUCUGACUCGAGUAGAAAACUGUCUCAUUAAUUUGUGUUUCAGAAUGUGGAAGGUCAGGCUAGUAAUGAGUGAGGUGCAUUGCCAGGUCACUAAACUUGGGCUCCUGAUUUCCAAGUUGGUCUUCAAAUGUCGAGAGGGAAAAUUAGUCCUGAACACACUUCCUGUGUUGGAGAAAUGUAAGAAUCUGUUCUAAAGUCUGUCAGUCUUUAUGAUACUCUGUUAUUCAUCAAACACUAAAGUCUGUGAGGUGAUGUACGUUCUGGGGUACCYGUGUGACUUCAGCAGUUGGUGAAAUGUGUUUUGUGUUUCUGAUGCCUGGAUUGUGGAAUUGUCAAGUGCGGUGACAUCUGUGCUGAGCAGGCCAUGGGAGGAGCUGCUGGAAGGCGCUGCUGAGAGAAGCCCAAGGAAAGCAGAGCCGGGUGCUCGCAGGGGUGAGACCUGUGGGGAGAGCCGUGGUGGCUCUGUGGCAGCUCCUGGUGGUGCAAAGCAUCCCCGGGGCUCUGGGAUGCUUCUCUUGGCUUCCAGCCGUGGUACCUGGCUGAGAGAGCAGCGAAUGUUGGACACCUGAAACCUUCAAUGGGGUCGGACUCGUUUUGGCAUUUGGCACAGCAGGUUUUUCUGACCAUGAGGCAGCCCAAGCCCUGUCCCUGACUUGGSUGCUGCCCCUCUUUCCUUGCUCCAAAUCUCUCUGCUGAUCUUUGAUUGUUACAUUAUUCUCAGCACAACUCUUAACCUGUUCCUUGCUGCAUCUGAGGAAAGCUACGGCAGUUAYUGAUUCCUUGUUCUACGGAUACUAACACGGGUUUCAGUGUUUGUUUGGUUUUUUUAUUGUUGUUUUCUGUGAUGUGAAUACCCUCCCUCAAUCUUUGUACGAUGGUGCUAAUAUAUUUGGUAACAAUCCUUUAUUGGGAAGGGAUUUUAAAAAACUGUGAUUUCAGCUGAAUUUUUCUUCUUUUUGAUUUUUUUCAUAUUUAAAAUGAAAAGCCACAGCCAUUUAUACAAAAAAAAAAGGCAUCAGCUUUGGCCCCUGGGAAAAUGUUGGGGUGGGAAUCAGGAUUAAACAAAUGGGGUUUUUACAUCAUUUCUGUAUGUAUUUGAUAUAUAGAUCAAUAUCUGUACAAAUUUAAUCUUUUAUUUUCUUGGUAAUUUGUGUGGUCGGUGAGAGAGUAUUUAAAGCUUUCUCAUGCAAUGUACAUAACUCAGUGAAAAAAUGCUUUUGGAGAAGUUCAUGUUACUUUCAUUUUUACGAGACUGCAGAUUUUCAGCAUGGAUGUGAAAAGCAUUAAAAUUAUAACUUUGUGUACAAGAUUAAAUAAUUCACUAAAUUUGCCUUUUUUACACAAAAUAAAAAUGAUAAAAAGUC